AUGGCUUUCGAUCUUGAAUCUCAAUCACAACCAACUGAUGAGACCAAGUUCGAGAAUGUUGAGGCUUUCAAAGUUGGUUUCGAAUCAGAUGAUGUCACAAAUCCCAAGAAUUUCAGCACACUCUAUAAGAUAUGGCUGGUCUUCCAAAUGAGCAUGCUCGCGAUGACCGGUGCUCUUGGUUCCUCAAUCAUCUCCCCUGGAUCAACCCAGAUUGCAGAAUACACAGAUACUAGCGUUGAGGUCACAUCCCUGACUGUGGCCCUUUUUGUCUUGGGUUGGGCCUUCGGCCCUAUGAUAUGGGCGCCCAUCAGUGAGGUAUACGGCCGUCGGUUGGGCAUGCUACCCGCUAUUUUUGUUUUAGGUCUCUUCAGCAUUGGUACAGCAACGAGCAAAAACUCCGAAACCAUUUUUCUGACUCGAUUCUUGGGCGGGAUCUUUGCGUCGGCGCCAAUUAGUAAUGUGCCUGCGGCCUUGGGAGAUAUCUUUCCUCCGGCAACACGCGGAAAUGCGAUGACAUUUGUGGCACUGUGUAUCACAGGGGGUCCUACUAUUGGGCCCAUUAUUGGUUCUGCCUUGACGGUCAAUCGCAGCCUAGGAUGGCGCUGGACCGAGUACAUUGAAGCCAUCAUCGCUUUCUUCCUAUUCACCGUUUGUGCACUAUGCCUCCCUGAAACAUAUGCGCCAGUCCUUCUCAAGCAAAAGGCACAGAAGUUACGCAAGAGUACAGGAGAUGAACGAUAUUGGCAUCCUCAUGAGAAGGAAAAGAUCGAUAUGCAUAACGCUGUCGCCAAGCACCUUGCUCGGCCAUUAGUGUAUGAGCCCACUCUUUGCCUGCAGGAACAUCGUGUUAAUUAUGUUCUUGAUAGGAUGCUAUGCACCGAGCCAAUGGUUACGCUACUUGCCCUCUAUGCCUCCUUCACCUACAGCCUGAUUUAUUUGACCCUCGAAGUGUUCCCCAUAGUCUUCAACGAAGAUCGACACUGGAGUCUGGUCACAUCAGCCCUUCCUUUCCUAUCAAUCCUAGUUGGAGUUAUCUGUGCGGUAGUACUGAAUUUUGCCAAUCAGCCACGAUAUCAGCGCGCCGUGACGGCAAAUGAUGGCAAAGCAGUGCCUGAAGCCCGUCUUCCCCCAAUUAUUGUCGGGGGCGUCUUGCUGUCGGUGGGUCUAUUUUGGUUUGGCUGGACCGCAGCUCCGAAGUAUCCUUGGCCAUCGCCAGUGGUAGCAGGAGGCUUUAUAGCUGCAGGCUUCAACAUCGUUUUUCAACAAUGUCUUAACUUUCUGGUCGACACCUAUGGCCCAUUCGCUGCCAGUGCUGUGUCUGCGAACACAAUUCUUCGGUCUAUCCUUGCAUGUGCGAUGCCCAUUGCCGCCCGACCUAUGUUUGAGAACUUGGGCCUUGGACCUGCGGCUAGUCUGCUGGGUGGGAUCUCGUGUUUGGCGUUACCGGUCCCUUUCUUGUUCAUGAAGUAUAGCGAGGCGUUGAGAGCCAAAUCCAAAUUCACCUCGGGGCGCGAUGCAUAG